CACACCUAAAGUUUUAUUGAAGUUUUAUCCUGCGAUAUUCAGUCUGAUACUGUGGAGAAAACAAAUCAACAGUGUGCUUUUGACAGACGUAUGAGCUUUUUCAUAUUAAACGCAAGAAGAAUAUUAUCUGACAUGUUUCCGUUGUGCUGUGUGGUGCAGAACUAUGCCUGGGGUAAAGUGGGUCUGGACAGUGAGGUUGCCCGGCUGGUGGUCGGUGGAGACCCUCAGGCGCACGUAGAAGAUGACAAACCUUAUGCAGAGCUUUGGAUGGGCGCUCAUCCCAAAGGCGAUGCUCUCAUCAAAGACAACAGGAUAUCCCAGAGGACACUGGGACAGUGGAUUGCAGAUUUCCCAGGAUGCCUGGGGUCAAAGGUCAAGGACACAUUCCAUGGGGAGCUACCCUUCCUCUUCAAAGUGCUGUCUGUCAACACGGCUCUGUCCAUCCAGGCACAUCCCAACAGGGAACUGGCUGCUAGACUUCAUGCACAGUUUCCAGAGCAUUACCCAGAUAGCAACCAUAAGCCUGAGAUGGCCAUUGCACUUACACAGUUUGAAGGUCUUUGUGGCUUUCGGCCAGUGAAGGAAAUCAUGGACUUUCUCAAACAUGUCCCAGAGUUUCGUACAUUAGUCAGUAAUGAAGCAGCGGAGGAUCUCCAGAGCUCUGAGAACGAUCCUGACCGAACAUCUCACGCGCUGAAGAAAUGUUUCACACGCAUGAUGAACUGCGAGAAGAAACUGUUCAUCGAUCAGCUCAACAUGCUUGUUAAACGAAUCUCAGAAGAAGAGGCUGCAGGCAGAGACACAUCCAGCAGUAAUGGAGAACUGUUGCUACGGUUACAUUCACAGUAUCCAGGAGAUAUCGGAUGUUUUUCCAUCUACUUCCUGAACCGUAUCGUGCUGCAGCCGGGCGAGGCCAUGUUUCUGGGAGCUAAUGAACCUCAUGCCUAUCUUUCUGGAGACUGUGUUGAAUGUAUGGCGUGCUCUGAUAACACUGUACGUGCCGGACUGACUCCCAAAUACAUCGAUGUGGACACCUUGUGUGAGAUGCUAAAUUACUGUCCUGCCCCAGUCAGUGCCAAAAUCUUCCCCUGUGUGCGGGACAAUUCAGACCCCUGCGUCUACAUCUAUGACCCACCUGUGCCCGACUUCACAGUCAUGAGAAUACAGGUUCCUCCCUCUGUGGGUCAUUACACCAUAAGUGCGCUGGAGUCCGCUGGCAUUCUAUUGGUUAUUGAAGGAGAGGCCAUCGCCACCUCUGAUGCGGCCCUCUCUGACAUCACUCUGAAGAGAGGAUCUGUGCUUUUCGUUUCAGCCAAUGAGAGCGUUUCUUUGCAGGUGACAUCAUCAUCGGGCAUGACCAUGUUCCGAGCUUGCUGCUUACUGUAAGAAACGUGAGCAGAAAAUUCCUGUAUCCAUCUGUGCUGUCCUGAUCGUAACCACCUGGUGAAACAGAUUCAGAAUAACGUUCCCAUGUGUUUUCGGCUGAUGUAAAAUCAUGUUUUGGUUAAAACAAUCCACAGCAUGACAAAUAAUCCCUUAGAAAUACAAAUACUAUGAUAAUGUUUAAUGUUAAAAUGCUUACUAAAAAAACAAAAAUAGUAGAUCUAAUUAAGAUUGAGAUUCUGACAUGUUUAAAUAUUUGUGCAUGUCCUUUUGAAAUAUGUAAACGCUGAAUUCAUGUACUAGUUUUAUUAUAGAGUCAACAUGAAACCA